GUAUAAAUACUAAAACCCCGCAAAAAUGAUUCGCAAUUGCUACAAAUUCUGUGAUACGUUGAUUAGUCUGAGCCGUAGUGAUAUAGUGUAUACUUACAGCAAAAUGAGCACGAGAAUAUUAAAGUACUUAAUUAAUAGGGAUUUCGAGAGGCAGGAGCAACCUUAUAGUACCGUUGUGACGGCCAAACAAUCACUACCGAAAACUGUUCAGAACGGAGUUUCGCUCAGCAACUUUAUUAUGGAGAAAGAUAGGUUGGGUCAAUGGGGAAAUGGAGAUAAUGUUGUGCCCGGCAAGGAGAGCGGCAUCGACCGGCUUAAAAAUCCUGGAUUAAACAAGGGUUUAGCAUUUUCAUUCGAAGAAAGACAAGCGCUUGGAAUUCACGGUCUCUUACCCCCAGUAGUAAAAACUCAAGAUGAACAACUUAAACAUUGCAAAGCUUGUCUGGACAGACUGGAUGACAAUCUUAAUAAAUAUAUGUUUAUGAUGGGACUAUUGGAUCGCAAUGAAAAAUUAUUUUACAAGUUUGCCAACAAAUACGUGAAUGAAAUUAUGCCCAUAGUAUACACCCCAAUUGUAGGCUUGGCUUGUCAAAAUUGGGGCUUGAUUUGGAGGAGACCUAGAGGUUUAUUUAUAACUAUUUAUGAUAAAGGACAUGUGUAUGAAGUAAUUAAAAAUUGGCCAGAAACUGAUAUUAGGGCGAUAGUAGUGACAGACGGUGAAAGGAUUCUUGGUCUAGGUGAUUUAGGUGCAUGUGGUAUGGGAAUUCCCAUUGGAAAACUUGCCUUGUAUACAGCAUUAGCUGGAAUCAAACCACACCAAUGCUUACCGAUCACUAUAGAUGUUGGAACAAAUAAUGAAGGAUUCCUAAAUGAUCCCUUGUAUAUUGGACUAAGGCAAAAGAGAGUUAGAGGAUCAGAAUACGAUGAACUAAUUGAUGAAUUCAUGGAGGCGGUGGUGAAACGUUUCGGUCAAAAUUGCCUCGUUCAGUUUGAAGAUUUCGGAAACUCAAACGCCUUUAGACUUCUUGAAAAGUACAGACAUUCAUACUGUGUAUUUAAUGAUGAUAUCCAGGGAACAGCCAGUGUUGCUGUGGCCGGGCUAUUGGCGUCACUAAGAAUUACUAAAAAAAGACUAAGCGAUAAUGUGAUUGUAUUCCAAGGUGCUGGUGAAGCCAACUUGGGCAUUGCCCAGCUAUGCACAAUGGCCAUGAUGGCAGAAGGUACCAAACUGGAGGACGCUCAGAAAAAAAUAUGGAUGGUAGACUCUAAAGGACUUAUUGUUAAAAACAGACCAGAAGGCGGUAUUAGCGAACACAAAGCAGCUUAUGCGCAGGAUCAUGCUCCUAUUAAAACUCUUACCGAUGUAAUUAAGACAAUUAAACCUUCAAUUUUGGUUGGAGCCGCCGCAAUAGGAGGCGCAUUUACAGAGGAAAUUUUAUCGGAAAUGGGUAAAAACAACGAGAGGCCAGUAAUCUUUGCUUUGAGUAAUCCAACUCAUAAAGCAGAAUGUACCGCUGAGGACGCUUAUAGAAUUACGAACGGAAAAUGUGUGUUUGCUUCUGGCAGUCCUUUUGAUCCAGUGACGUUGAAUGGUCAAACAUUUGUUCCCGGACAAGGAAAUAACGCUUACAUCUUUCCGGGUGUUGGGCUAGGAAUUAUAUGCGCGGGCAUCAAAAACGUUGGGGAGGAUCACUUCCUUAUUGCUGCCGAGGCUCUUUCAAGUUUGGUAACGGAGGAAGACUUAGAAAAGGGUAGCAUAUACCCACCUCUUACAAGAAUUACAGAAUGUUCAGUGAAGAUUGCAGUCAAACUUCUAGAGUAUGCAUAUACUAAAGGAAACGCAUCAGUUUUCCCUGAGCCAGUAGACAAAGAAGCAUUUAUCAGAGCGCAAAUGUAUAAUACAGAUUACGUUUCAGCAAUACCCAGCAUAUACAAAUAUCCAAAGUUGUAAAAACACUUUAUUUAAGCAGAACAUUAUUUUUAACCUAAAUGUAUUUUUCGAAAGUCGCUUUUUGUGUUCUGCCACUCUAAAUAUUUAUUUAGGAAAUAUUAAAUUAUGUUGCAAAAUUCUGUGUUAAUAUUUGGUGAUUAAGUACUUCUAGUGAUUAUAUGCUUGCCGCAGUAAACCUUAAGUUGACAAUGUUGCAAGUAUCUCCUAAAAUAAUAGUAAAACAUAAUAGUUCGGUAGAAUAAUAUUAGAUAGGUUUAAGAUUUUCUGCAUAUAGUUUUAUUUAUCAUAAGAUUUUAUUUAAUAUAAUUUGUUGUUUAUA